AUGGUGCCUGUGGCGAUGUGGGACUUUGACCACUGCGACCCGCGCAAGUGCUCCGGCAAGAAGCUCGCGCGCAUGAACCUCAUGGAGGAGCUGCGAGUCGGCCAGCGCUUCCAGGGCAUCGUCAUGAGUCCAAAGGGCAAGGACGUCGUCUCGCCCGCCGACAAGGACAUUGUCGCCACGGCCGGCGUCGCCGUCGUCGAGUGCUCGUGGGCGCGCCUCGACGAGAUCCCCUUCAACAAGAUCCGGUCGCCGCACGAGCGGAUAUUGCCGUACCUCGUCGCCGCCAACCCGGUCAACUAUGGCAAGCCGUACAAGCUCACGUGCGCCGAGGCGAUCGCGGCCGCGCUCUACAUCACGGGCUUCGAUGCCCAGGCCGAGGUCCUCUUGAGCAAGUUCUCGUGGGGCCACUCGUUCUGGGAGGUCAACGGGCCCAUCAUCGAGCGGUACCGAACGUGCACGACGCCCGAGUCGGUGCUCGCCAUGCAGGAGGUCAUGAUCCGCGAGAUGGAGCAGGAGCAGUCGGAGCGGCGUGCGUCCCUCUUCUCCCUCACUCUCGUUGGCGAAUGA